AUGAAGAUCGCCGUCGUCGUGUUCCUGGCUCUCGCUGCCCCCUUGUGCCUGGCAGCCCCCCAGGGAUACAACUACGCUGCCCCCGCUCCUGCCCCUGCCCCUGCCCCAACCCCUGCCCCCGCGCCCUACAACUACGCGUACAGCGUGGGCGCCGUGGACGGCCUGGGCCAGCCCGUCCAGUUCGGCCACCAGGAAGGGCGCGAGGGCGCCACGACCGCCGGCAGGUACUUCGUGCUGCUGCCGGACGGCCGCCUCAUGACCGUCGACUACUACGCCGACCACACGGGCUUCCACCCCACCUACUCCUUCCAGGCCGCCCUCCCCGCGGCCGCCGCCGGGGGCCAGGCCGCCCUCGCCGCCCCCUCCGGCCUCUACGCCGCCCCCGGGGGCAGGUAG